GGGAGGGAGCACAGGAGGGAGAAAAAUAGCCAGAAGAAAAGGGAGCGGAGGAGACAGACGACAGGAGACGAAAGGCUGACACACACAUUCACAACCCCACAAGAAAAAUGCCCAAUUUUGCAGGGACCUGGAAAAUGAAAACCAGCGAGAAUUUCGAAGAGCUGCUCAAAGCCCUGGGUGUGAACGCCAUGCUGAGGAGGGUAGCGGUGGUGGCUGCAUCCAAGCCCCACGUUGAGAUAAGGCAGACCGACGAGCAAUUCUACAUCAAGACCUCUACCACAGUCCGCACCACGGAGAUCAACUUCCGCAUUGGAGAGGAGUUUAAUGAGGAGACGGUGGACGGCAGAAAGUGUAAGAGUUUGGCCACUUGGGAAACAGAAAACAAGAUUUACUGCAAACAGACUCUGCUGAGCGGGAACGGCCCGAAGACCUUCUGGACCCGAGAACUCAACGGGGACGAACUCAUACUGACCUUUGGAGCCGAUGACGUGGUGUGCACAAGGAUCUACGUACGAGCAUAGCAGAAGUCCACAAGUUCCCAUUUCCUGUCAGUCAACUGUCAGUGUGAGGAAUUCCACAUAAAAAAAUAAUCUGUUUUGACAUUCAAUGCUUUGCAUCUUCAUAAAAAAAAUCACAAUUUCAUGUGGAUGUUACUGCUUUCCCCUUUUUGUAUAUAAUUUUUCUACCAUUGGCAAUUAAACGAUCAAAUUAUG